GCAGUGACAAGGACAAGUUCAGAAUUACUAACCUAAACAGUAACAUGAGUUACUUUGGGGGACUAUCAGAGAAUCUGACUAAUCAGGCACACCAGUCCCGCUUACAGGAAAAAGAAGAGUUACAACAUCUGAAUGAUAGGUUCUUAAAUUAUGUUGGACAUGUUAGACAGCUUUCACAGCAAGUCAACAUUCAUGAUUCAUCAGCCUUCAUUAAGUCUACUCAAAUUCUAGAAGAUGAAAUUGUAAAUCUUAAAAGUUUAUAUGAAUCAGAAAUUGAAAAAUUAAGGAGUGAAGUAGUGGAAGUUCUACAUGAAAAACAUGCACUUCAUAGUCAACAGAACAAACAACAGCAGUGCCUUGAUGAACUUCAGCAAAGAUUGGCCAUUGAAACGGAAAAAAAUCGGAAUCAUUUAGAUGAAAUCAAUGCACUACAGAAAAAAAUUAUAGAAGGUGAAAUUCAAAAUGCUAAAUUAGUUUCAGAAAGACCAGAAGCUAAGGUUGAACAUCUUCAUAGAAAUAUUGAAAAUUUGAUGAGAGAAGCUGAGCAAUGGAAACAUAGAUAUGAUUACGAGAAAAUAGCAAGACAGGAAGCUGAAGACAAGUUGCAACAAAAUAGAAAGAAAGUUGAAUUUUCAGAGCAGGUCUACAAGCAGCAAAUAACAGAUUAUCAAACCAGACUUGAUACAGCAACAUCUACCAUAUUAAGCUUGGAGGCAAAUGUUCGUGAUCUGAGUAUAAGUGAUUUGUCUGUAGCAGAUUUGUUGAAGCAAAUUAGAGACACAUCAGAAUUAGAGAUGAGAAAAUACCAAAUGGAAUCUGAAGAAAUGUUUAGCAGAAAUCUUUCAAUUUUAAAAGCUCAAAUUGACAAUGAUGCUGAAACAAUAAAGAAUCUCAGUCAAGAGAAAGCUGAGCUAUUUGGCGAAGUUGGUGAAUUGCAUGCUAAAAUAAGGAAUUUGGAAGGCCAGCUAUCCAAUUUGUUCCAUCAGAAAGAAACCUUAGAACAAGUUCUUUCUUCAGAACGUAGUGAAGCAUCUGAGAAUAUAAAACAGCUAGAAAGAAAAUUUAGAGAAGUGCAGGAAACUUUGGUUCUUAAAAUGAGAGAAAUGGUUCAUUCCAGAGAAGCCUGCCUACCACUAAAAGCAGAAAUUGAAUCACUAAAAAUAUUGUUAGACGAGGAAGAAAAAAGGCUUCAUGUUCCAGUUGGAAUCAGUUCAGCUCAGCCACCAACAUUUCAAGAAUUACCUUCUUUGAAUUCAGAGUUGUCCAAUCAGUCAUUCAAUGCUCUACAAAAUGCUUUGUCAAAUCAUAUUCAGUCAAAGUCAGGUCAACAGCAGAAUUUGGCAGAUGCUAGAAAAGCAAACUUAUUAAAGACUACACCACUAAGUAAUAAUUCACCAAUUCUGAGAAUGAAUUCAUCUCCAACUCAUUCAAGCAAUGUAAAUUUGUCUUCAGCAUGUCCUACUCAGCACUGUGUUACAAAAGUUGUAAACUCUUAUUAUCCUUGUGAUGAUAAUGAACAUGUCCUAGAUAAUAUAUAUGCUUCUAAUGGACUUCAGGCUAGUGAAGAUGGACUUGUUAAUAAUUGUUAUACAAAUCCAUAUAUAUCUGAAGAAUAUAGUCGCCCUUUAACAGAAGUCAGCUAUCAUUAUGAAUCCACACCUAGUGUCAGUAGAGUUUAUUUAGAAAAUGAUCAACAGCACAAAACUCGAGCACAAUCAGCACCAAUCUUGUUGGAAAGAAAUGCUCAAGAAUCCCAAUGUGAGGAUACUGAUCAAUUGAAAACUCAACAGUCUGCUUCUAAAGCUACUGAUGAAGAUGCAUUCAAUCAGCUGUUCAAGGAUUUCAAAAAAGAGACAUUGUUUCCAAAAAUAAGACCAAAAAGUAGCCCAUUAGAAAGACCAUUGCCUUCAACAUUCCAAGACUAUAAUGUUACAAAUUCCAGUGCAGUGGGUGAUCUUAAAAUUAUUGAGGUUAGCCAAGAUGGUAAAUAUGUACGACUGUUAAACGAUGGACCUUCAGAUAUUGAACUUGGUGGCUUUAUGAUACAGCAGAAUGUAGGUGGUCAUCCAGUUGCUGCAUUUCGUUUUCCAUCUAAAGUUAAAUUCCCCUCUGACUCUACUGUCACUGUCUGGUCUGGAGUAAAUGACUCCCAGUGCCACAACCCACCUCAUGAAUUUUAUUGGAAAGAGCUUUACAGAUGGGGAACAGGGCCAGAAUGUACAACUCUUCUAUGUCAUCCUAAUGGACAGGCAGUAGCAUGGUCCACAGCAACACAUAGGGUCACUCAAGAUGCUUAUAUAGAAUCAUCUAAAGAUGGUAAAAAAUUAGCUGAUGACAAAUCAUUUAGUAGCAAAGAUGAGAAACUAUGUGAAAAUUUGACAGAAAUCAAAACAAACAUUGACAUCCUGAAAUCUGAACCUAUUUUUUUGCGCAGAGAAAAGCAACAGCCUCCAUCCCUAUCUGCUGCUAAACAUCCUCAUGGACAUACACCUGAUGCUUGCAUUCACCCUCACUCCAACCUUCCAAGUACAUUCAGAAACGGAAAUGAUGCUGACACUAACAGCCUGCAAUUAAGACCUCAGACUUGCCACUCUGAGCCAAGCAAUGGUAAAUCAACCUGGGGUACACCUCAAAGAAUGGGAAGUGCACCUCUUAGGAAAAUGGGAGGAAAUCAAGACAUAAAGAAUAAAAUGUUGACAGAUGUCACAAGUCCAUUUAUGAAACCCCAUUUUCGUUUUUUAUCUGGACUGGUUCAGAUCAACUCUCAACAUCAGCUUGAUUUUCUUCCACCAAUGCCUCGUCCACAAGAAAGUUCAUGGUAAAGUUUGAAGUAGAAGCUAUUUUUAAAGUUAUGUUUUUCUAGUUUCUUUUUUUUUAAAUUUACAUUGAUGAUAACUUUGGUCAUUUAUUAUUUUUAUUACGCAUAUACAUUCCUCUUUAAAUUGUGUAGUUUUUUCUUUCAAUAUAAAUAAAUUAAAUGUAAAAGUUAAUAUUUGAUCGAGUAAUUUCUGAUAUACAGUCUUUUUUUUUUUAAUGUAUCUAUAUUUUAUUUUUUAGAUUUUUGAUAACUUAAUAAAAUUAAUUUAUUUUUCCUGGAUUACUGAGUGAUAGUAUCAGGUAUGAAAGUAAAUUCACAUCAAUAGGUUACACAUAGAACACAAUACCAGUAUUUGACUGCAAUUUAGAAUAAAAUAUUGAUGAAUACUAUUUGUUGGUCCAUUGCUUUCAAAGUGUUAAAUGAUUUUGUGGAUAUAUUUUCUCAGAUAUUGGUUAGCCAUUGAUGACAAAAAAAAAAAAAAAAAAAAAAUUGCAGAUCAAUGAUGAAUAAUUUUUAAAAAAUUGAAACGAAAGAAAAAAAAGGUUCAGAUAGAGUGAAAUACAAAUGUCUUUUGUUUUGGAACAAAAUUAAUAAUGAAGAUGUGGAGUUUAAAAUAAUAUAGCAAAUCCUUAUUAUUUCUAUGAAUAUAUUAUUAUAAAUGGUUGUAUAGUUAUUAUUCAUUAGUUCAAAUGAGGUCUGGCUUUUUUUAUUGUGUGAAUUUUGUUUAGUUUAGUUUUCUAACAGGGGCGGACUGGCUAUAUGGGCAAAUGCCCGGUGGGCCGGCACCAAAUGGGCCGUUGUGGUCGUGACAAAAAAAUAUUUUUUUUUAAUGCAGGCAACUUAAAAAGUGCCAACAGCAAGAUACAGAUGUCGGAACCCGUUUUCUUUAUUGACAAUUAAUUUUUUUUUGGAAAUUCAACAAUAUCAAAAACUUUACACUCUACAUACUGUAUGUAUUAUUAUUUGUUAUUAUUUGCAAAACGUUGGACCCUACUUUUAGCUAUGUACAAGCGGCAUGGGCUUCAACACUGCUUUGAUGUCUUCGAGGUUGUGUUUGGUCAGAUCAUUUUGCUGGUCGGCAUGGUCAUUUGAUCGCACUCCCAUUUGUUUUUGCUUCUUCCUUCCCCCGUCUUUUGAUGGUUCCAUUGACAAUGUUACAGAAAAAGAAGUACGACACACAAUUUUACUGUUUGUUU